AUGACAAGCAUUCUUAACCCACAACAACGUCGAUAUUUCUUUAGUUUACCAAAAAUUCUUAGUUCAAGGAAACAAUAUUCUGAAAGGAAAUUAUUAAAUUUUUCACAAAACCAGCUAUAUGAUGUUGUCUCAAAUGUAGAAGACUAUCAUUUAUUUGUACCUUUUUGUACACAUUCUCAUGUUUAUACAAAUUCAUCUAUGGGGAAUGGAAUUCAUGUUAUGAAAGCAGAACUAGGCGUUGGAUUCAAGCUAUUUAAAGAAACUUACAUGUCAAAAGUAACUUGCCAAAAACCUACUUUAGUCAAGGCAGUUGCAGCAGAUGCUACUCUAUUCAAUGACAUGACUACAACUUGGAAAUUUACUCCCAAUGUGCCUAAAUCACAAUUAAAUUCUCCUUCUGCAAGUGAUCAUCCAACUUGUUGGGUUGAUUUUGAUAUAACAUUUGAUUUUGCUUCCCCUCUUCAUGCACAAGCCUCUACUGUCUUUUUUGAUCAAGUUUCAAAAAUGAUGCUUCAAGCAUUUGUGAAUCGAUGUCAAACUGUUUAUGAAAAGAACAAAAAUUGAAUAAUAAAGAACAAAGAGCUUUAUUUAUUGACUGAUAUAAACAUGUAUAUUUUCAGUAUUCGAUAAUGCCACCAUUUUUUUCAUAUUUUUGUAUAUAUGAAUUCAGUAUUAGACUUAAUGAAAUAGUAAAAUAAAAGAAAAGAAAGAAUACCC